AUGUCCGACAUCAGGGUGAAGUUGGAGCAGAUGGACUCGGCCGAGAAAAUCGGUCGAGUUGUGUGCCGGGGUUUGAAAGAUGCCGAAGUGCAUCCUGCUCCUCGGGCCAGCGAGACGCAGUGCAUGGAGACCCAAGCAACGCUGGCGACGCAGGCUGACAACGAUUACCUGGAAAUGGAUCUCGAAGAUCUCAUGGAUGAAGCGGAAAUGAAGGAGAUUUCAGAAGAUGCCCAGCUUGAUCCACUCAAGAAAGUCGAAAUGAUUUUCGAGAUCGAAGAAGCAAGAAAGAAGCGACGAAUGGAGGAAGAGGAAUUCCUGCGGAACCGUGUGGUUUCCUUGAAGAAACAAAUGGAGGAACAAGAUGAGAAAGCCACAGCGAAGGCGGAAGAACAAAGGCUGAAUGAGGAGAUCCGAAAGAAGGAGGAGGAGGAAGCCAGGCGGAAGGAAGAAACACAAAGGCUCAGCGAUGAGCUCAACGAGGAGAUCCGCAUGGGGAUGGAGGAAAGCAGGCGUAGGGAAGAAGAAAACCGCCUGAGGGAUGAGAUCCGGAAGAAGCAGGAAGCCAUGGAGGCAGAAGAAAAAAAACUGAAAGAGGAGAUUCGACAGAAGGAGGAAGCCAUGCGAAAGGCAGAGGAGCUGAAGGAGAUCCGCAAGAAAGAGGAGGAGGAAGCCAGGCGGAAGGAAGAAGAAAUGCUGAAGGAGAAGAUCCGCCAGAAAGAGGAGGAAGCCAAGAUGAAGGCAGAAGAAGAAAGGCUGAACGAGGAGAUCCGACAGAAGGAGGAAGCCAUGCGGAAGGCAGAGGAGCUGAAUGAAGAGAUGCGCAAGAAAGAGGAGGAGGAUGCCAGGCGGAAGGAAGAAGAAAGGCUGAAGGAGGAGAUCCGCCAGAAAGAGGAGGAUGCAAAGCGGAAGGCAAAAGAAGAAGAAAAGAUGAAAGAGGAAAUCCGCAGGACCAAGGAGCAGGAAGCGAAACGGAUCGCAGACGAACAGAAGAUUAAGGAUGAGGAGUUCAUGCAACGCAGAGCUGCUUUGGAACGACAGUUGGAGGAUCUGCGUAAGAAGGAAGAAUCCAUGAGGAUGAAUAAAGCUGAGGAGGAUGAGGAGGAAUGCAAGAGACGCAAGGAAGAAGAAACGAAGAGAAUGGAGGAGAUGCAGAAAAAGGAGGAGGAAGACAACAGGCGCUGGGAAGAGAUCAUGAAGCAAGAUCAGGAAAACCUCAGGCUUAAGAAGGAAGCAAAGGAAAAGGCCGAAGAAGAGAUUAGGAAAAAAGAGGAGGAGGAAGCCAGGCGCAAGGAGGAAGAAAAAAAGGCCAAAGAUGAGAUCAGGAAAAAGGAGGAGGAGGAAACCAGGCGCAAGGAGGCAGAAGAAAAGGCCCAAGAAGAGAUCAGGAAAAAAGAGGAGGAGGAGGAAGCCAAGCGGAAGGAGGAAGCAGAAAAGGCCCAAGAAGAGAUCAGGAAAACAGAGGAGGAGGAGGAGGAAGCCAGGCGGAAGGAGGAAGCAGAAAACACCAGACAAAGACUCCGGAAGGAGAUGGAUGACUUGGAACGGCAGCUCGUGAUGCUCCAGAAGGAUCAGGAAGUCAAGUGCAAGGAGGGCCCAGAAAACACCAAGGAUGAGAAGAGAUACGAAGACGAACGGGAGCGACUUCUGCUGGAGCUGGAUCGACUGAAAGCGGAGAAGCAAGCACGUCAGGAGGAAAUUCAGCGAAAACUGAAUCUACAGUCCAAGAUGGAUUCAGAAACUGUGCAAGAAGCGAUGGCGAAAGUCAGGGAGCAGCUCGACAAGCAAGCGGAGGACAAGAAAAAAAUGGAUGAGCUCGCCCGGCUGCGUCAGCAGUCACAGGCCCUGAGGUCCAGAGUGGAUGACGAGGACGAAGUGAAGAAACAGUUGGGAUGGACCAAAGUGAAGGAGGAGAAAACCGAGGAGCCCUCGUGUGAAGAGAAGAAGGAUGAGAAGAAGGAUGAGAAGAAAGAGGAAGAAGCAAAAAAAACUGUGGAUCGGAAGCCGGCUUCCGAAGAGCCGCCGGUGCAAAAGCCUGCGUGCAACAGACGCCAGAGCGCGAUGCUUCUGAAUCGCCUGAGGAAGAAUCCGAAAAGGCAGGAAGCCCUGCCCGCUUCCCUGAGAGAGAAGCUUGCAAAAGAGGAUGACGACUCCGUUUCGGACUUGAUCAGUGAGCUCAUGGAGCAUGGGGGCGACUUGCAGGAGCUGUGCAGCAGCUACGAGCGGCAAGUCGUGAAGGAGGUCAGCAGCCAGGAGCUGACGAAUUCAGCUCCCUACACGGAGCUGGAACUGAUCCAGAAAUACGGAGAGCGGGCGAAAGAUGUCAUGAAAGAGAAGGAAGCCAGUGGAGAUUGGGCCGAAGAUCCAAACCUCCGAGGCUCCAAGAUCUUCUACCUUUCCAAGACAGAGAGGAACUGGGGGAGUUCCGACAUCGAUCGCCAGAUCGUGGGCGCCCGCACGAAUGUUCAUCGAGAUGAUUUGCCUGCUCUGAAAGAUCUUAUGCGGCCCGAACCGAGUGCUCUGAAACGACGGCUUGGACAGCCGUCAUCGUCCUCGGCUCCCUCGCCUUCGCCUUCGGUGCCAUCAACGCCUGCGACGGCCGAUCCGAAGGGUGUGCCAUCGGGAGAGAAGGAUACCCGAGAUCCGCCAGCACCCAAGAAGCCGAAGAAGAAGACGCUGGAAAACAUGACUGUGCUCGACAAGGGCGAGGACCUGGCGAAGAAAGCCCUGGCUGGGUCUACGUUGGCUGCCAAGCUGAAGACGGAGAUGGAAGCGAAUCCCUACGGCAAGGACUUGCUGAAAGAUCUGGCCAACGCCGAGAGCAACUUCAAGUGCCCCGCUCGCACUUAUACUUUCUCUCGUAGGGAACUGUUUUCGAUUCUGCCACAUGUGUGCGUGGCGCAUGUCACAUGCCAGGAAAUUGUACAACGAUGUGAAGGCAUUGUUGAGAGCCAAAGUGGAGGUGGAGGAGCAGUACCUCCCUUUCGGGAAGCAGUACGUGCUGCUGCUGCAAGAUAUGGAAAGGCCGAAGCAAGCAGCUGA